AUGUCCUCAAAACAAACUAAAGCUCCAGCCGCUGCUGCCAAAGCUGCCCCAGUUGCCGCCAACAAAUCAAAGAAAGUCGUCAAGAAAGGUGAAAAGAAACCAAAAACUAGAACCUUAUUCAACGCCUUAUACACCAAAGAAACCAAAAACUUUGGUACUGGUUUUGGUGUUCAACCAAAAAGAGAUUUAACUCACUUUGUCCACUGGCCACGUUAUGUUCGUGUCCAAAGACAACGUAGAGUCUUAUUAAGAAGAUUAAAGGUUCCACCAACCAUCAAUCAAUUCACUCGUGUCUUUGACAAAAACACCGCCAUCCACCUCUUCAAAUUAUUAGACAAAUACAGACCAGAAGAAGCCUCAGUCAAAAAAGCUAGAUUAUUAAAAGUUGCUGAAGCUCGUGCUGCUGCUCCAAAAGGUGAAAAAGUUGCCAAAGCUGAAAAACCAGUCCAAUACUUAAGACACGGUAUUGAUGCUGUUACCAAAUUAGUUGAAAAGAAGAAAGCCAAAUUAGUCGUCAUUGCCCACGAUGUUGACCCAGUUGAACUCGUCUUAUACUUACCAGCCCUCUGCAGAAGAAUGGAUGUCCCAUACUGUAUUGUUAAAUCAAAAUCAAGAUUAGGUGAAUUAGUUCACAUGAGAAACGCUGCUUGUGUUGCCUUAACCGGUGUUAACGCUACUGAUGCCAACGAAUUAGCUUUAUUAGUCGAAUCAGCCAAACAAAUGUUCAACAAUAACGCUGAUGCCAGAAAGACCUGGGGUGGUAACACUUUAUCUGGUCCAACCCGUGCCAUCAUUGCCAAACGUCAAAAAGCUGCCUCAAAAGAAGCUACUGCCAAAUCAAAGAUCCAAUAA